GCAAAAUAGUAUCGUUUAAUGUUGUCCAAGUAACAGAAGUGUCCUCUUCAAAUGCUAUGGAAAAAGAGGGUUUUGUGAGGUGUCUAGACAGCUUGGAGGAUGACGACAUUGAAGUAUCAAUGAUAACAACCGACCGACAUACUGGAAUUACAAGUACCAUGCAAAAGGACUACAGCCACAUAGUCCACCAGUAUGAUGUUUGGCAUCUGUCAAAGUCCAUUAUAAAAAAGCUUAACAAGAAAGCCAAGCUAAAAAAGAAUGAAGACCUGUGUCACUGGAUUCAAUCAAUUUCAAAUCAUCUUUGGUGGUGCGCAGCGACUUGCAACGGUGAUGUGGUUUUGCUCAGAGAAAAAUGGAAAUCAAUUGUUCACCACAUACAAAACAAGCACUCCUGGAGAGAUGCCACUGUCUUCAAGCGCUGUGCACACCCCCGACUUACUCGUAGAGAGGUACGGCAGAAAUGUUGGCUCAAGCCAGGAACAUCAGCAUAUGUCGCAUUUGAGGAAGUAGUACUUGCUCCCAAGCUUUUGAAUGAUCUGGCUAAACUGACAAAAUUUUCACACACUGGUGGUUUGGAGGUCUAUCAUUCAUUGCUAUUGAAGUACUGCCCAAAACGUCAACAUUUCUCAUAUAAAGGAAUGGUGGCCCGAACACAACUGGCUGCCUUGGACAAUAAUAACAACACAGGACGUCAACAAGCAGUGAUCCAAGAGGGAGAGAGGCAGGGCAAGGCACGGUAUCGCCAAUGCUUUCCAAAAAUGCAAAAAAGGUGGACCAGGAAGAAAGUAUUUGAGAAGAAAAAAUACAACUUCCUAGCGGAGUUACAAAAGAAUGUCCUUGGAAUGUGUACUGGCAUAGGAAACAUCCCCGACCCUGUUCCAGAGGUUGAGUUACCAGCUAACAUUGCAACUAUACCUGCCCCAAACAAACAGGAUUUAAUUGACAAACAUAGAUCUAGAUUUAACCCUUUUACCGUCAUGCGGACGAAUUCGUCCACUCUACAAAGGUCACUCUAA